UCCGCUCUCCUCCGGCUCCUUUCCCCUCAGACUUCCGGUCCUCGCGGCGGUUCUACAGAAACGGACCGAUGCCCAGAAAAGAGAAGGCGGUGAGGGGACGGCCUGCGGUGGCGGCAGCGGCUCAGACAUCCGGUCCAGGUUCUGGUCCAGUGACCCGGGAUAAAAGUGGAGCGGUGACCAUCACGGUGCACGCGAAGCCCGGCUCCAAGCUCAGCAGUGUCACAGGAGUCUCUGCGGACACGGUGGACGUCUCCAUCGCAGCGCCGCCUGCAGACGGGGAGGCGAACGCCGAGCUCAUCCGCUACCUGGCACAGGUUCUGGACCUGAAGAAGAGUCACCUUUCACUUGACAAGGGCUCCAGAUCCAGAGACAAGCUCAUCAGAGUGGACUCGUCUCUGAGUCCAGAAGAGGUUCUGAGGCGGCUGCAGCAGGCUGCGGGCUGACCGAGGA